GAGGAUAGGAUGGGUCACCAGCAGUUCUACUGGAGUCACCCGUGGAAAUCUGGCCAGGGUUCCCACUCUCGCCGAGUAUGCUCAAACCAGCACAGUCUGAUCUGGAAAUACGGCCUGAACAUCUGCCGCCAGUGUUUCAACCAGUAUGCCAAGAAUAUCGGCUUCAUAAAGUAG